AUGAAUUAUGAUUAUAUGGGAGCUAUAAAAAUCAAGGAUGGUGUAUUCUUAGGGGAUUAAUUUGCAUCUUAGGAUCUGGAAUUCAUUGUUACAAAUAAAGUAUCACGAAUAGUAAAUUGUGCAUCAAGAUAGAUACCAAAUCAUUGGGAAUCAAUUGGAAUAAUAUAUUUGUCAUUUCCAUGGGUAGAUAAUGAUCAAUAAAUUAUAUUUUAAUCAGAUGAAAGUAUUAAUGUUGCAAUAAAAUUCAUUGAUGAUGCUUUGAUUAAUGGAGAAAGUGUGAUUGUUCUUUCAGCAAGAGGCCACAAUAGAUCAGUGGCAGUUUUAUGUGUUUAUUUAAUGAAGAAAUAUAGAUGGACUCUUUAUAAGACUUUAUAAUUUAUGCAUAAUCGAAGACCAGAUCUAGAAAUCAAAGCUCAUUUUUUUAAUUAACUAUUAUCUAUAGAAGCUCGAUUUUCGAAAUAAGGAUAUGGAGCAAAGACCUUUAAUUGGGAUGAAAUAUACACCCAAGGAGACAAUGAUGAAAUAGUGUUACGGAACACUUACUUAAAUUCUUAGGCUCUGGGAGUAGCAGAAUUUAAAGAUCACGAUUCUAAACCAAAAGAAUACAAAUUGACAUUCGCUGAUAAAAUUACAAUGUAAAUACCUCCAUAUGAUAAAAUAAUAUUCUCAAAAAGUAAAACAACAUCUAAAGUUAUUAAACCAAUAAUAAAAGAGUCUGGUUCUUCGAAACAAAUUGACUCUACAUUCCAAUUUCCUUAGAAGUAACAAUAAUAAAAACUAAAUUACGAAUAGAAUACAAAUAUUUAUGAUAAAUUAUCUCAAAAACAAAAAUAAACUGAUCAACAAAUAUAAAGCCCCUUAUAAAUAUCUCCUAUUUAACCUUAAAGACCGUCUUCCGUAUAAUAAAAAUAACAUCAUAAAGUUUAAUCAAAUAAUUACAUGGAUUCAAAAGAACAGUUUUUUUAAAAGUCUUAAUAGCAAAAUCAACUUGCAGUUACUGGCACACGUCGCCCUCAAACAGCUCCAAACUAGUUAAAGGCUCCUAGAGUUUAAACAACACCUUAUAAAGGAAAUAAUAGCUAAGGUUAAAAAUAUGAAAUAGGUUUAUAACCUAAUUCUUAAUUUAAACCAAUGAGAAAAAGAGCAUAAUCUCCAAAGGCAGUUUACAAUAUUACGAAUCCAUAUAUAUAAAGAGAGUUUAAAGCUAAGACAUGGAAAAAAUGA